AUGGGUGUCACUGGGCUCUGGACGGUAGUGCAGCCGUGCGCGCGCCCUGUCAAGCUUGAGACGCUCAACAAGAAGCGGUUGGCAGUCGAUGCUUCGAUCUGGAUCUACCAGUUCCUGAAGGCCGUGCGCGAUAAAGAAGGAAACGCUCUGCGGAACUCGCAUGUGGUCGGAUUCUUUCGCCGAAUAUGCAAAUUGCUCUACUUCGGCAUCAAGCCGGUGUUUGUUUUCGAUGGCGGGGCUCCUGUACUCAAGCGUCAGACAAUCGCGGGCCGAAAGAAGAGGCGGGAAGGCCGCAGAGAGGAUGCUGUCCGGACGGCAGGGAAACUGUUGGCGGUUCAGAUCCAAAGGGCCGCCGAAGAAGAAGCAGCGGCAGUGAGGAGUAGCAACCAGCGUCACAGGCGCGAUGAAGAGCCAGUGCCAGACAAGCCGGUGUAUGUCGAGGAGAUAUUUCUGACAGAAAAGGAGAAGAACCAAGCACGCCAUUUUAGAAGGAAAGAUGCGUAUCAUCUCCCAAGUAUGGAGGUUUCCCUGGAGGAAAUGGGAGCACCUGACGACCCCCGGAUCAUGUCUCGCGAGGAGCUGGAGGCGUACGCGCGACAGUUUCAUCAGGGAGAAGAUAUCAAUCUCUACGAUUUCUCGAAGAUCGACUUUGACAGUUCCUUCUUCACGAGCUUGCCGGCCACGGAUCGCUACAACAUCUUGAACGCGGCAAGGAUAAGAAGCCGGUUGAGAAUGGGUUAUUCCAAGGAGCAGCUGGAUAACAUGUUCCCGGACCGCAUGUCGUUCUCGAAAUUUCAGAUCGAGCGUGUGAAGGAACGCAACGAGCUGACGCAGCGGCUGAUGAAUUUGAAUGGCAUGAACGGCGCAGACGCUACUCUUGGUCUCACCCAAGGUCAACGAAUUGCGGGGGAACGGGGUCGAGAGUACGUCUUGGUCCAAGAUAGUGCGGUCGAAGGCGGCUGGGCACUCGGGGUCGUUAGUAGCAAACACGAUGGCUAUGAAGACAGACCCAUUGACGUCGAUCGCUAUGGCCAGCAAGAUGUUCUCAUGAGCAAGGAGGAACUCUCGGAUGAGGAUGAUGCUUUCGAGGAUGUGCCUGUUGAAGGUUUAAAUAGGCUCCCCAAACUUUCUUUUCUCAAGAAAGGUGUCUUCGACGAGUCAAUCCGACAAACAAUGACGGAAUUCUCAGGAGGGAUUCCUCGUCAAUUGCAUGGGCCAGGCCCGUCUCUAACCACUGAUGAGGACGACGCUCUUUUUGUGGAAAAGGACUUUCCCACCGACUUUUUCAAUCGCGAAAUAGGUGAUCUUAUAGACGGUGAUGGGGACUCUGAAGAUGAAAAUCUUCGCAAGGCGAUUGCAAUGUCAAUGGAAGAUGCAGCCCAUGAUGAUUAUUUUGAGGAUAGCCCUGUCAAUGCGGGCGCCGCCCUCUCUGAACAGGAGAUAGCAGCAGCCUUUGUGGCUGAGAACGAAGACGAUGGUGAUGAUGACGACGACGAGAUGGACUUUGCAACUGCUUUAGCACAAGCGAAGAAGCCCGUCAGAAAUAAAUUCCAACCAAACCCUAGUAGCAAAGAGUCUACUACAAGCCAUCCUUUUGAUGGACCUCUUCCCUUUGAAUCCAUUAAAAUUGGGGAAACGGCACCUUCUCGGCCGUCUCAAGAGGAGGAGAUCGAUGAGAAUGCUGGAGGAUUCAUCAAAGAACCACCCAAGCGGAAUCCAAAGGCCGGACCGUUACCACCGUGGUUUCGUGGCGAGCGACUGGACGGGGAUUUCAUCCCAGACAAGACGGAUGAUUCUUCAUUGGAGAAAUACAGGGACGAAGUCAUGACUCCAGAUCACCAAUUUCUGAGAAACUAUCGAUCUCCAGAGGUGAUUGAUGUUGAUAAGCUCACUGAACCAGGUGAGGUUAUUGAUCUAGAAGCCAUUCCCACCUCGGAGUCACGCCUAAACAACGAAAAAGCAUCCGGCUCUUCGUCGGAGAAUCAUAAGCCUGAAGAAGUGAAUCCUGGCUCUACGAAGGAUGUAAUCAGUACCGAGCCCGACGAAACGUCUGUAUUACCUAGCGAUCGGCCUACGGCAGAAGGAAAAGAGGAGGAAGUCUAUGAGUGGGAAGCUACGGACGAUGAGCAGCCUUCUGAACAGAUGGACAAGCCACGCCUCUCUCUCUCCCCAUCGCCUGAAGUUGAAUUUGAGGAUGUUGAGAUCCCCACUAAAGCUAUCAUCCUAGAACCGCCGGUUGAAACGACUGGUUCGUCUACGGCUGAUCUUGGGCCUGGGAUUACCGUUCAGGGUGACCAUCAAAACACUGUUAUGAUCGAGGAUAGCGCUGACGAAGGGGAUAUGAGCGACCCCGAAGAUGUAGAUCUGAUGCGUCAGCUUGCAGAGGAAGCAGAGGAACAUGCCCGGUUUGCAGCAAAACUGAAUUCUGCUGCGCAGACGCAGACCGCGUUUGAUUAUGAGCAAGAACUAAAGCAGCUACGACUACAGCAGAAGAAAGAUCGGCGAGACGCGGACGAGGUGACACAGGUGAUGAUCACCGAAUGCCAGCAGCUUUUGACUCUGUUUGGGUUGCCGUACAUCACCGCACCGAUGGAGGCCGAGGCUCAAUGUGCCGAGCUGGUUACCCUGGGGCUUGUGGAUGGGAUUGUCACGGAUGACAGCGACAUAUUCCUCUUUGGCGGCACCCGCGUCUACAAAAACAUGUUCAACCAGAGCAAAUACGUGGAGUGCUACCUGACCUCGGACAUGGAGAAGGAGUAUGCCCUGCACCGCCGGAAACUCAUCAGCUUCGCGCACCUGCUGGGCAGCGACUACACAGAGGGGAUCCCGGGGAUCGGCCCCGUCACGGCGCUGGAGAUCCUAACCGAGUUUGCGAGCUUGGAUGAAUUCCGCGACUGGUGGAGCCGCGUCCAGAUGGGCGCCGACCUGUCCAGCGACGACAAUACUCACCACGCCGCCUUCUACCGAAAGUUCCGCAAGAACGCCUCCAAGAUCUUCCUCCCGCCGUCGUUCCCCAACCCACACGUGGACGUCGCGUAUCUCGAGCCCGAAGUCGAUGCCGACCCGUCCCCGUUCCAAUGGGGGGUGCCCGAUCUGAACGGGUUGCGGAACUACCUGAUGGCGACAAUCGGGUGGAGCCAAGAGCGGACGGACGAGAUCCUUCUGCCGGUAAUCCGGGAUAUGAACCGGCGCGAGCAGGAAGGCACGCAGUCUAACAUUACGGGAUUCUUCAGCGGGCCUCAGGGAGCUGGCGCCUUUGCACCGCGGGUCCGCGCCAACGGGCAGUCGAGGAUGGAGAAGGCAUUCGGUCGGCUCCGACAGGAAGCGGAAACCCAGAGAAGCUCGGACGGGCCCUCCACAGGCACAAAACGGGAUGCAGACGACGAGUCGAGUACUUCGAAACGCAAGACUCGACGGAAAAAUCGAACGGAUAGUACUACUCCGUAG